AUAUCCCUUAGACAUGAUGUCCUUACUCCAGAAACCAGUCUCAAAGUUUCUCCAAGUCCUUUUUUUCCUCCUCAUAAUGUGCUUUCCUUCUUUCUUUGCCUUUCCUCCUAAUUCCUCUGCAACUUCAUUUGGUGCUGCCAAAUAUGCAGUUGCGGAAGGUAAUAAUGAAGCAGAGGCUCUCCUAAAAUGGAAAGCAAGUCUUGAUGACAACCACAGCCAAUCUGUCCUGUCUUCUUGGGUUGGCAGCAGCCCUUGCAAGUGGCUUGGAAUCACUUGUGACAAUUCUGGAAGUGUCGCGUAUUUCAGCCUUCCACAUUUUGGUCUGAGAGGUACGCUUCAAAGUUUCAACUUCUCAUCCUUCCCCAAUCUUCUCACUCUCAAUCUCUGGAACAAUUCACUCUAUGGAACUAUUCCAUCCCAAAUUAGUAACCUGACCAAAAUCACCAAAUUAGACUUGAGUGAUAAUCUUUUCACAAGAAAUAUUCCACUUGAGAUAGGAUUACUAGAGUCUCUCAUUCACCUUGACUUGUCAAGCAAUAAUUUAACUGGUCAGAUCCCUUCUUCUAUCGGAAAUUUGAGAAACUUAUCUAUUCUUUUGUUUUGGAGUAAUAAACUCUCUGGUUCCAUUCCUUUUUCUAUCGGAAAUCUAAGAAACGUAUACCUUCUCUAUUUUUGGGAUAAUAAACUUUCUGGUUCUAUUCCUUCUUCUAUUGGGAACAUGACUAUGCUCACUCGACUUGAUCUGAGCACAAAUAAUUUAUCUGCAUCUGUUCCUCGGGAAAUAGGACAACUCGAAUCCCUUGUUGAAUUGAGUUUGUCCUUUAAUAAUCUCCAUGGUUCUCUGCCCCCCGAGAUGAAUAAUCUCACACAUUUGAAGAUUUUGCACUUGUUUUCAAAUAAUUUCACUGGCCAUUUACCACGAGACUUGUGCCUUGGUGGGUUACUUGUAAAUUUUUCAGCCGGCCACAAUCAUUUUUCUGGUCCAAUUCCUAAAAGCUUGCAAAAUUGUACUCGUCUAUUUAGAGUCAGGCUUGAGUGGAACCAAUUGACAGGGAAUAUUUCUGAAGAUUUCGGCCUCUACCCAAACUUGAACUAUGUGGACCUAAGUCACAAUGAUUUGUCUGGUGAGCUUACAUGGAAAUGGGGAGGUUUUCACAACUUAGCGAGCCUAAAAUUGUCAAACAAUAAUAUCACCGGUGAGAUACCAUCAGAGCUGGGAAAGGCUACUGGGCUACAAAUGAUUGAUCUCUCGUCAAAUCUCCUAAAGGGGACAGUUCCAAAAGAAUUGGGGCAGUUGAAGGCGUUGUACAACCUUACUCUUCAUAACAACCAUCUUUUUGGUGUCGUUCCCUUCGAAAUCCAAAUGCUAUCUCAACUUGGUGCCCUUAAUUUAGCUUUUAAUAAUCUUGGUGGAUCAAUCCCAAAACAACUGGGACAGUGCUCAAAUUUAUUACAGUUGGACUUGAGUCAUAAUAAGUUCACAGGGAGCAUCCCAUCUGAGAUAGGCUUCCUGCAUUUUCUUGGAGAUCUAGAUCUCAGUGGAAAUCUACUGGCAGGAGAGAUACCAUCACAAAUUGGGCAAUUGAAACAGUUAGAAACGAUGAACCUCUCUCACAACAAACUUUCCGGUUUUAUUCCAACUGCUUUUGUAGACUUGGUGAGCUUGACAACUCUAGACAUCUCCUACAAUGAACUAGAGGGCCCUAUCCCCAAAAUCAAAGGAUUCAAUGAAGCUCCAUUUGAAGCUUUUAUGAAUAAUAGUGGUCUAUGUGGAAAUGCCAGUGGUCUAAAGCCUUGUACACUUCUUACAUUCAGCAGCAAGUUAGCUAAGAGAAAGAGCAACAAAAUUGUCAUUUUGAUUCUUGUUCCUCUCCUGGGCAGUCUACUUCUACUUGGGUGUUUAUACUUUCCCAACCGGAAAAGUAGAGAAAGAAUUUCCUGUUUAGGAGAGCGACAAAGUCCACACAGUUUUGUAGUAUGGGGCCAUGAGGAAGAGAUCCUACAUGAAACUAUCAUCCAGGCCACUAAUAAUUUCAACUUCAAUAACUGCAUUGGGAAAGGGGGAUACGGAAUUGUUUAUCAAGCCAUGUUGCCAACAGGUCAGGUGGUUGCCGUGAAGAAACUUCACCCAUCAAGAGAUGGGGCGCUUAUGAAUUUGAAAACUUUUAGAAAUGAGAUUCGCAUGUUGAUAGAUAUUCGACAUCGGAAUAUUGUGAAGUUAUAUGGAUUUUGUUCAUUAAUAGAGCACUCUUUUUUAGUUUACGAGUUCAUAGAAAGGGGAAGUUUGAAGAUGAAUUUAUCAAGCGAAGAACAGGCAAUGGACUUGGAUUGGAAUAGAAGGCUUAAUGUUGCUAAAGGAGUGGCCAAUGCAUUAUCCUAUUUGCACCAUGAUUGCUCGCCUCCAAUCAUUCAUCGAGACAUUUCCAGCAGCAAUGUUCUUUUAGAUUUGGAAUACGAGGCUCAUGUUUCGGAUUUUGGGACAGCUCGGCUCUUGAUGCCUGACUCAACCAACUGGACCUCAUUUGCUGGCACCUUCGGAUACACAGCUCCAGAGCUAGCUUACACAAUGAGAGUGAACGAGAAGUGCGAUGUCUACAGCUUUGGAGUGGUCACAAUGGAAAUAAUAAUGGGAAUGCAUCCGGGUGAUCUCAUCUCCUCUCUUUCUGCACCAGCAUUUUCCUCCUCGUCGUUCUCUCAAAUCAACCAGCAUACAUUGUUGAAGGAUGUGAUAGACCAACGUAUCCCACUUCCUGAAAAUCCAGUUGCAGAAGGUGUGGUCUACAUUAUCAAAAUAGCAUUUGCAUGCUUGCUUGCCAUUCCCCAAUCUAGGCCAACCAUGCGACAAGUAGCGUCGGAGCUCAUAGCUCGAUGGCCUCCGCUGCCAAAGUCAUUUUCCGCAAUAACAUUGGAAGAUCUGAUGCCUCAAACAACUGUGACAGGCUGAUAAUUUUCCAAAAGAUUUUCUAUAAUUAGUAUGUGAUUGUUUCUACUUAUGUUACUUUCAAUUUUCGUAGCUUUGUUUGUAAUAAAUUAUUUCUCUGCUUUGUA